CUGCAAGUAGCAAACAUAUUCUUGUGAGAAAAUUGUGCUCCUUGUAUCAUUAUAUGAUUGCCAAUUUGUUAUUGGGAGCAGGUAACAAUUUUUUAUCGAUGUAAUAUCAAAUAUACCUGAUGGCACUAAAUAAGCUUUUGUGUUGGAUUACGACGGUGUAAAAAUCUGAUGAGCCAAAAGACGAACAAAGUGUGUAACAUUUUGUUACACAUUUUGUAGUGCUAUAGCACCCCCCUCUGGUCGAUUCUAUUUUUGUGGGUAAAAACAGUUUGAACAGUUUAAACAUAUCCCUCCGAAGACUAGGCUGCACCUUUCACUGUUCAAAUUUCAGGUAGCAAUUUCAGGCACAUAUCAUUACAUUUGCAUUCCUUUAUUUAUUAAUAAAUGUGUUGGAUGUUUGGCAGUGGUUUAAGACUAUAUUUUGCAAUUAACAGUUAAAAUGUAUUAAUUUGCAAAUCAGGGAAAAAUGUAUUAAUUUGCAAAUCAGGGAUUGGGUUGAGUAAAAGAGGAUCUAUAUAAUGCAGAAAAGUCACAGAGUCUCUACCACAUCUUAAAUGGGCAUGCUGACAGCUGCAGCAGUACAGAGGCUAGUUGCAGAGAUAAAUGGGAACAGUGGGGGGAAAAACCUUGCUGUGUAAACAAGAGUUGGGGAAACAGCCACCCAAUUGUUUUGCUUAUACUCUUGGACAUGAAUGCUGCUUUCUCUCUCCUGGUAUUACAUACCAUUCCAUUUACAGCCCUGACGAAACUGCCAGACCAAAGUUGCCCUUUCCAGUUUGGGACUGGAAUAACUUGAGGAAUUGCAUUUUUGUAUGUUAUGUUAAAAGGGCAACAUAAUUCUCCCCUGGUGAAAACUGAAUAUGUAAAUGAUUUCUGUUUAUCUACAUUCUACUAGAAUAAUCCUGCAGUUGAAUAAUCCUUCUGCAAGACGUUAUGUAUUUUUUUAUUGUUUAUCAUUUGAUAUAGUUUCUAAGUUACUUUGGGAUUUUGGACUUUGCUAUGAAUUACAUGCAUCUCCCCUCCAUGAUGCUGCCACAAUUUGCACUGUUCAAAGUUAUAUUUAUAAAUAAUAAUCCACACUUCAUGUGAAAAGGUUAUCUGAUGUUAACUUAGACAUAUCUUUGUCUUGAUGAAGGAAAAACACAUUGGACAUAGUAAACCAGCACAAGAAAUGGAACCACAAGCUGAAGACCCUGCACACAGUCCUCUCUGGUCAGGUUCAGAAGGUUCCCAGGAACUUUGUCCCUCUGAGCGUUUGGCCGAGUUGUAUAAUGAAGAUGAUGAUAGUGAAUCAGAGGACCACUCAGGCUCAAAUACUCAUAUCCCCUCGUCCCAGUCUCCAGAGUGUCUUCAGUUGCAACACAGGGAAUCUGCAGAUGGUCCAGAAUCUCUCCUGGAACAGAGUGAGCAGGAAGAGUCAGUUUUCUAUCAAGAAAAUUGUGAUUUUUAUUUUUCUGAAUCAAGAGAAUCUAUGACAGAAUCUCCUUACAUUGAAGCUUCACAAACAUCAGUGACCUCACCCCCAGAGUGCCCAGAUUCCAAGUCGUGGCAACAUUCCUGCUCUUCCUCCUCCUCUCUUGGCUGUGCUGCUGAUAUGACCAAGGUCCUGACCCUGAGCUCAGAACGGCCCCUGGGGGCCAGUGAUGGUCAUGGCCCAAGUUCUGAGAACAGGAGCGUUGAAUCUUCAGAGGAAGGAGGGAGCAACGAAGCACCUCCUGCUUCUGUCUUCUUUGGAAUUUCUGACGAGGGUGCUGAGCAGACAGAGACGAGAAACUUGGGGUCUGACAGAGAUCUCUGCAGACCGGACAGGCAAAGGGCAAGGUACACACGGCUCAGUCACAAAGAGAGCCAAUCAGAGAGACACGUGAAGGAGACCAAGUCUAAAUGCAAGCGAAUUGCCCAACUCCUGGCCAAUGCACCCAACCCCCAAAACAAGGGAGCGUUGCUCUUUAAAAAGCGCCGCCAGAGGGUAAAGAAGUACACUCUUGUGAGCUACGGAACUGGAGUUCACGCCUUUGACAGCUCAGGUCAAAUAGAGGGCGAAACUGACAAAGUUAGAUCUGCUGGUUACAGCUUCCUGGGUUCGAGUGAUUCUGAUUUUGAGGAGCAGUAUUUUCAGCGUCACCAGUACCAUAAUCCAGCUCUGGACUGGGAAAGUGGUGAAGACAUGGAUGUGCUACCAGAGACAAAGGGGAAGGGACUUUUGAUGUUUGAACAGCGUCGCAAAAGAAUCGAUGAACUUGUGUCAGAGCAAGAAGAUGAGAGGAGUGAAGGCUUUUCUGAGGAUGUUUUGAAAGAAACACAACGUGCAAGAAUUUAUGAAAGUAAAGAAAUGUACAUGCAUGCUGAGGAGACCAAUGUGAAGAAGCAUAUGGAUUACCAUGCAGAUGUUCAAGAGGUGAACCACCUCUCCACUGUGCCAAAACCCAUGGUGUCAAACAGAACUGCCAAACCCUUUUUGGGAUUUCAAGCUAGUUCAACACUUGAACCUGUCACUAUGUCUGGUGGGGUCAGUCCAGCCAUGAAGAAGCAUGAACUAGCAUUCAAAGUCCAUGUACCGAUUAACUCUAACCCCAAGGUUUGGUCUCCAACUGGAGACAUUAUUGCCUCAAGAGAUGAACGAAUAUCCGUGCCUGCCAUCAAGACUGGCAUAUUACCAGAGUCAAAGCGGAAAACUGCAAAUAAGCAUCCAUCAGUGCCUGCAAAAGAAUCUGAACUUUAUAGCCAAAGCAAAGGUGAAAGGAAGUCUUAUAUUGAGUCAGAGGAAGACUUUUUCAGUUUGGGUGCUGAGGCUUGUAAUUUUAUGCAACCCAAACCAAUAAAACUUAAAAAUCCUCCCCCGGUUGCCCCCAAACCCACCAUUAACCCAGCAUGUCCACCCUGGAACCCCUCUAGCGAGCCCUGUGUUCCUUCAAGGAGUCCGGUGUCCCAUCCCUCUCACAGCCCCAUCGGUCUUCAUGGUCAGCAUUAUUUACAGCAGCAAGAUUGGACUCAACCUCAACAGAUGGCUGGCCACUGGGCAUCAGAUCAAACAGAGGCAUCACUUCAAACACCUGCCAAUGCCCGGGUUCCGGUCAACUCUUCUCUGCUCCGUCUUCAGCCAACCUCAAAUAGCUGGAGUCAACAGCCGUCACUAUCCCCUGUGAGUAAGCAGGCCCACAAUCCUACUUAUAGCCCACUUUCACACUCAAAGAAUAAGUCAGACAGUUCUCCAAACUUGGUUGCUCCUUUCCUACCACCGGCAGAGAAGUCAUACCUUCAGGCACCAAAACCUUUAGAGGUUUUUCCAAAGCUCAGAGUCCCAGACAGGAGUGUUAAUCAGGCUGCUGAUGGGACAACUAUGUCAGGGAAAGGAGCAAAAUUAUUUGCUAAAAGACAGUCUCGCAUGGAGAAGUUUGUCAUUGAUGGUGAAACAGUGCAAGCGAACAAAACAAGAUCCCCCUCCCCAACCUCAUCUCUCCCUAACUCUUGGAGAUAUUCAUCCAAUAUUCGUGCCCCACCCCCCCUGUCAUAUAAUCCUCUUCUGUCUCCUUUCUACCCUCCAUCAGCAGCCAAGCAGCCCCCUUCCACAAGCCCCAAACCCAAGCCCAAGUCCAAAGAGAAACCUAAGUCAUCCCCCAAGCAACUCAACGCCUUAGAUAUCAUGAAACAUCAGCCAUACCAAUUGGACUCAUCUCUGUUCACAUAUGAUGCAGCCUCUGAGGCUAAAAGCCCCAGUCCUAAACCAACCCCUGUGUCAAAAUUUGAAGUUACCAAAAGCCUUAAGCAAAGAGCCGACUCUUCCUAUUCUCCUUAUAAUCCCUCUGAGCCUGCUGGCCAAACCAAGGCAGAGGCUCCUGCUAAGGCUCCUAAAUCGGUAAGUGUCCCAAAUUUCUCCACUCAAAGCACAAGAUCAGCUGAACAGCUUUCAACAGACAAGCAUUUGGAGGAAAAGCUUGCUGUCAUGAGUGCUGCCCCACACACAAGUAGCAAGCAAGCACAAGGCUCCCGACCUGCAAGCACAACUUCUCAGCACUCGUCUUCUGUUAGCGACACCAUUGCUUCAGCUUUCUCUCCUGCAUCUCUCAUUGCUAGAGGCGUGCGUCAAAUGGCUCCACGGCCAAAAUUCUCUGCUAAGAAGCCGGCAGCGACCAGAAAACAGUGGAAACCUGUUGCUAUGCUUUCCUCUGUAUAACACUGUACAUGGUCAUGCUCUGGCGUAGCCGGAGACGACAGUCACAUUAGUACAUCUGCAUCUGGGUGGCUUCACAAAUGUCUUAAGAGGAUUAACUAAGUAGAUCUCAUGAAAAGUUAUUAAAAUAAUAUAUGUAGCAAUUAUUAAUUAAAUAAAUACGUUUUCAUUUAGUUUGAUAAACGUAGCACCAUUUGGGAGGUCAUCUCAGGGCACUUCUCAUACAGAGAAACACAACAGUUCCUAAGAAAAAAAAAGACACAUUACCAUCCAAAAACAUGGAAUGUGGUUGAAGAUAUGGCAUCAGAAGAUAAGUUAAUGUUAAAUGGUUCUCAGGAUGUGCUUUUAUAAGCAAUAAUAUCUGCAGAGAGUCUUCUUCUAGUCCCUUUAGUUUGUAUUUUUAAGAGGUAAGGUUCAAUGUUUGCAUAUGUAGCAGUAAAUAUUAACGAGCCUCCUGGUCAAAUUAAAUCAUCUUCAAUAUUUCUUUCACUUGAAAGCUAUCUGGAUAACAAUGACUGGCCCAUCCAGCCACUUUGAAAGAGUAUUUUUAAUCCCUUAUUAUGUUUGGGGUCAAAUCUGUGACUGCAUUUCAAUUUCUGCACACAAUUUAUAAUUUAUUUCAGUCUCAUUCCAGACUCUGAUUAUAUUGAACUGAUAAAAGACUCUAUCAUGUGGUCAUUAACAAAAAAAAUAUAUUUAAAUGAAGGUUAUAUUCUUGAAAGCUGAUAAAUUACAAAUACUUAAUGCUAGAAAAUUUAUUAAUGUUAUUAGUAAUUCAGAAUAAAAUCUAAACAAAUCUGUCCUGUUUGUAUUUCUGUCUUUCUGACAUACUGUUUCUUGAACUUCUUGUAGCACUGUGAUGCUAUUAAAUUUUUUCCUCUCCUA